GGAUGGCGGUGGGAAGGACUUGACAAGGAAAGCGUAGCCAUGGGACUGUUUGUGCAUCUCUGACUUUGCUGCUCUGUAAGAAAUGAAAGGCAUCCUUUGUCCUUUCAUCUCCACAGGACUACCUUUCUCAGGCCCUCCCCUCAGUUGCCAAAAACUUCAAACCUUAGCAAAUCUGGGAUGUUUGGCAGCGUUUUCUUUUGUGCUUUAGUGAGUAGUGAAGACUUUUUGAUGUGUAACUAGCGUGGUGCUUCAGCUUCCUCCCUGCCGAUGGCCGCUGAAGCGUGUGCUCUCCUUAACGCCCUCCUCUCACCUGGUUCGAGCACGUCAGCAUGCUGGUCAUCCUCCUGAACUGCGUCACCCUGGGCAUGUUCCAGCCCUGCGAGGACGUGGAGUGCCAGUCGGAGCGGUGCACCAUCCUGGAGGCAUUUGACGACUUCAUUUUCGCUUUCUUUGCGGUGGAGAUGGUCAUCAAGAUGGUGGCUCUGGGGAUCUUCGGGCAGAAGUGUUACCUUGGAGAUACGUGGAAUCGCCUGGACUUCUUCAUCGUGAUGGCGGGCAUGAUGGAGUAUUCUCUGGACGGACACAACGUGAGCUUGUCUGCGAUCCGCACCGUCCGGGUACUUCGGCCGCUACGAGCCAUUAACAGGGUCCCAAGUAUGCGAAUACUCGUCACCCUGCUGUUAGAUACUCUGCCUAUGUUAGGCAACGUCCUCCUCUUGUGCUUCUUUGUCUUCUUCAUCUUUGGGAUUGUCGGUGUGCAGCUCUGGGCAGGGCUGCUGAGAAACAGGUGUUUUCUAGACAGGAAUUUUGCAAUGACAUACAACCUUACCUUCCUGCAUCCGUACUACCGGACAGACGAAGCAGAGGAGAAUCCGUUCAUCUGCUCAUCGCAUCGUGAAAACGGCAUGCAGAAAUGCUCCAACAUCCCAAACAGAAAGGAGUACAAGGUGGAGUGCACCUUGAGCAUGGACUCCUACGCCCCAAGUUUGUACAACCCUGACUUCAGCAGCAGGAAUGCCUGCAUAAACUGGAACCAGUAUUACAACGUGUGCAUGGCAGGGGAUGUGAACCCACACAACGGAGCUAUCAAUUUUGAUAAUAUUGGAUAUGCCUGGAUAGCUAUUUUUCAGGUUAUAACCCUGGAAGGAUGGGUUGACAUCAUGUAUUAUGUGAUGGAUGCACAUUCUUUUUACAAUUUUAUAUAUUUUAUAUUGCUUAUAAUAGUUGGUUCCUUCUUCAUGAUUAACUUGUGCCUGGUUGUGAUAGCAACACAGUUUUCUGAAACAAAGCAGCGGGAGAACCAGCUGAUGCAGGAGCAGCGGGCCCGUUAUCUCUCCAACGACAGCACAAUUGCCAGCUUCUCGGAGCCAGGUAGUUGCUACGAGGAGUUGCUCAAGUACAUCUGCCACAUCUUCAGGAAGGUGAAACGGCGGACAAUACGCCUGUACAAUAACUGGCAGAGUAAGCGCCGGAAAAAAGUUAACCCAAACAGCACCACAAAUGGGCAAAGCCACCGAGGCAAAAAGCGCAUCACCUCCAUACACCACCUCAUCCACCAUCACCACCACCACCACCACCACCACUAUCACAUCAGCAAUGGAAGUCCUCGGGGACCAUGUUCCAACCCUGAGAUCUGCGACCUGGAACUCAAGGUCAUGAAACCUGGAAGCCAAUUGAUGCUUCCUUCUCCAUCACCCAACUUGCAGAGCCCUGCUCCUCCUCCGGAUUCGGAGUCUGUGCACAGCAUUUACCAUGCAGACUGUCAUGUCGAAGGACCACAAGUGAACUGUAAGUCUUCCAAUGCCCCUGCAAGCAUUAAACUGACUGCCGGACUCUCCAACCAUGGCAACAUGAACUAUCCUACCAUCCUGCCCUCCCCAACUAGCAAAGCCAGUUCUGUUCCGGUUCCCAAAGGAAAGAAGAAUGGCAAUUCACCUGUGGCUGUGGUUAAUAGUCCUGUAAAUUUGGGCACAGAUUCUUAUGGGAAGCUGCAGCAACUGGUGGGAGAGCAUGGUCUGCGGCGGACGCCCAGCCGGCUGUCGGGGCUGAGCGCGGCGUGCCCGCUACCCAGCCCGCCGGGCGGCACGCUGACCUGCGAGCUGCAGGACUGUCCCUUCUGCGCCAGCCUCCUGGAGGACCCCGAGUUCGCCUUCAGCGAGUCCGACAGCUGCGACUCUGACAGCAACGGUGUCUACGAGUUCACCCAGGACCUGCGGCACGGCGACCACAGAGACCAGCUCCAGCAGCAGCGGGGCAGGAGGAGGAGGAAGAAGAAAAAACCCAAGGAGAGGAACAAGGUCGCCCGCCUGUGGAAGGCUUUUGGCAGCAAGCUGAAGAGGAUCGUGGAGAGCAAGUACUUCAACCGAGGGAUUAUGAUAGCCAUUCUCAUCAACACGCUGAGCAUGGGCAUCGAGUACCAUGAGCAGCCGGACGAGUUGACCAACGCCUUGGAGAUCAGUAACAUCGUCUUCACAAGCAUGUUUGCGCUGGAGAUGCUCCUGAAACUCCUUGCCUUUGGCCUCUUCGGCUACAUCAAGAACCCCUACAACAUCUUUGAUGGGAUCAUAGUUGUCAUCAGCGUCUGGGAGAUCAUCGGCCAGUCAGAUGGAGGCCUCUCUGUGCUACGAACUUUUCGGCUGCUUCGGGUGCUGAAACUGGUGCGUUUCAUGCCCGCCCUCCGUCGCCAGCUCGUGGUCCUGAUGAAGACAAUGGACAAUGUAGCCACCUUUUGCAUGUUGCUCAUGCUCUUCAUCUUUAUCUUCAGCAUUCUCGGCAUGCAUCUUUUUGGAUGCAAGUUCAGCCUGAAAACUGAUACGGGAGACACAGUUCCAGAUAGAAAGAAUUUUGAUUCCUUACUUUGGGCCAUUGUGACCGUAUUUCAGAUCCUCACUCAAGAGGACUGGAACGUGGUCCUGUACAAUGGGAUGGCAUCUACAUCCUCAUGGGCAGCACUCUACUUUGUGGCCCUGAUGACCUUCGGCAAUUAUGUGCUCUUCAACCUUCUUGUUGCCAUUCUGGUAGAAGGCUUCCAGGCAGAGGGUGAUGCCAAUAGGUCAGACACAGAUGAGGACAAGACAUCUGCCAACUUCGAUGAUGAUUUUGAGAAGUUAAAAGACCUCCGAGCAACAGAGAUGAAGAUGUACUCGCUCGCCGUCACCCCAAACGGACACCUGGAGGGCAGGGGAAGCAUGCCGCCUCCUAUAAUCAUGCGCACCGCUGCCACACCAAUGCCCACACCGAAGUGUUCCCCACACAUGGAUUCAGUGCACACUUUUGUGGACUCGAGGAGAGGAAGUAAUGCUUCGCUAGACCCCUUGAGCUACGAUCAGAAGUCCUUGUCCAGCCUCCGCAGUUCCCCUUGCGCCAACUGGGGCACCAGCAGCAACUGGGGCAGCCGACGCUCAAGCUGGAAUAGCCUGGGCAGAGCCCCAAGCCUCAAGAAGAAGAACCAGUCAGGAGAAAGAGAGUCCUUGCUCUCUGGGGAGGGGAAAGGCAGCACAGACGAUGACUCCGAUGAUGCCAAGUCCAGCACGGUCAGCAGGCCCUCGCUGCACCGGCGGGCAGAGUCCCUGGACUACCGAAGCUCCCUGGACCUGCCUGAGCUGCUCCAGCUGCCCACCAUGCGCCACUCGCUCAGUAUCAGCCCCAUGGCCGUUCUGCCUGCCGAGUACCAAGACUGCAACGGCAAGAUGGUUCACGUCCCCAGCGAGUUCUUCCUGCGUGUCGACGGCCACAAGGAUGAUGCCAUGGACUAUGAGGAUGACAUGGAGGAUAGUUACUGCUACCGAAUUCGUAAAGUCCUGGAGCCCUACAAACCACAGUGGUGCAAGAGUCAUGAAGACUGGUCCCUCUACUUGUUUUCCCCACAGAAUCGGUUCCGAGCGAUGUGCCAGAAGGUCAUUGCCCACAAAAUGUUUGAUCAUGUGGUGCUGGUCUUCAUAUUUCUCAACUGCAUCACUAUAGCACUGGAGCGACCAGAUAUAGACCCACACAGCACGGAAAGGAUAUUCCUAAGUGUUUCUAAUUACAUCUUCACUGCAAUCUUUGUGGCUGAAAUGAUGGUUAAGGUGGUAGCUCUUGGCUUUUUCUCUGGGGAGAACACCUAUCUGCAGAGCAGCUGGAACGUCCUGGAUGGAGUCCUGGUCUUUGUAUCUAUCAUUGACAUUAUUGUCUCCAUGGCAUCGGCAGGUGGAGCUAAGAUCCUGGGUGUCCUUCGUGUUUUGAGACUUCUGCGGACCUUGAGACCUCUCCGAGUCAUCAGCAGAGCCCCAGGUCUGAAGCUGGUGGUAGAAACCUUAAUCUCCUCCUUGAGGCCUAUUGGGAAUAUUGUUCUCAUCUGCUGUGCUUUCUUCAUUAUCUUUGGGAUUUUAGGGGUCCAGCUUUUUAAAGGCAAGUUCUACUACUGUGAUGGUCCUGACGUAAAAAACAUCACUACGAAGACUGACUGCACUAACGCACACUACAGAUGGGUUCGUCGGAAGUACAAUUUUGACAAUUUGGGACAGGCCCUCAUGUCCUUGUUUGUUCUGUCGUCCAAGGAUGGCUGGGUGAACAUCAUGUACGAUGGUUUGGAUGCCGUGGGUAUUGACCAACAGCCCAUCCAGAACCAUAACCCUUGGAUGCUUCUCUACUUCAUCUCCUUCCUGCUCAUCGUCAGCUUCUUCGUGCUCAACAUGUUUGUGGGGGUGGUGGUGGAGAACUUUCACAAGUGCCGACAGCACCAGGAGGCGGAGGAGGCCCGGCGUCGGGAGGAGAAGCGGCUGAGACGCUUGGAGAAAAAGCGCAGGAGUAAGGAGAUAUACCUGUCUGAAGCCCAACGCAGGCCUUACUACGCUGACUACUCCCCAGCACGGAAGUACAUUCACACCCUCUGCACCAGCCACUAUCUCGACCUCUUCAUCACAUUCAUCAUUGGGGUCAAUGUCAUCACUAUGUCAAUGGAGCACUACAACCAGCCAAAGUCCCUGGAUGAAGCCCUGAAGUACUGCAACUAUGUGUUCACCAUAGUUUUUGUGUUCGAGGCAGUUCUGAAGUUGGUGGCAUUUGGUUUUCGAAGGUUCUUUAAGGACAGGUGGAAUCAGCUGGAUUUGGCGAUAGUUCUCUUAUCGAUUGUGGGAAUCACGCUGGAGGAAAUUGAGAUGAACGCUGCAUUGCCCAUCAAUCCCACAAUAAUACGCAUCAUGCGGGUGCUGAGAAUAGCAAGAGUGCUGAAACUGCUUAAAAUGGCCACCGGGAUGCGAGCUCUCCUGGACACAGUGGUACAAGCACUUCCCCAGGUAGGGAACCUUGGCCUACUUUUUAUGCUCCUGUUUUUUAUCUAUGCUGCCCUGGGAGUGGAAUUGUUUGGCAAGCUAGACUGCAGUGAAGAAAAUCCUUGUGAAGGUCUGAGCCGGCACGCAACUUUCACCAACUUUGGCAUGGCCUUUCUCACCCUCUUCAGGGUGUCGACAGGGGACAACUGGAAUGGUAUCAUGAAGGACACUCUCCGGGAAUGCACUCGGGAAGACAAGCACUGCCUCAGUUACCUGCCUGUUAUUUCUCCUGUCUACUUCGUCACCUUCGUCCUCAUCGCACAGUUCGUCCUAGUCAACGUAGUGGUAGCAGUGCUGAUGAAGCACUUGGAGGAGAGCAACAAGGAGGCCAAGGAGGAUGCUGAGAUGGAUGCUGAGAUUGAGUUGGAGAUGUCCAGAGGAGGAACCACCUCAGCCACCAGUGGGAGCAGGGGAGGUGCAGUGGCCCCGGAGAGCAGGGCACCCUACAGAAGUCAGGAGACCGUGAAGUCAGAGCCAGCGGUGCAGGUGAAGCACCAAGCCCUGGGCGGCGCAGCCCCUCUGAGGCCACAGGACUCUCAAAACCUGCUGACAGUCCGCAAGAUCUCCGUUUCCCGUAUGCACUCCCUGCCCAACGACAGCUACAUGUUCAGGCCGGUGAUGCCAGCGAAAGCCCCUUUCCCCCUCCAUGAGGUGGAGAUGGAAACGUAUCCCUGCAAAUCCCAAAGAGGGUCCAUCACCUCCAUCCGCUCCCAGCCCGUGGGAACGUGUUCCUCUCUGAGAGUCCCAGCGGAGUCCCUCCAGCUGGCAGUCCGUUCUCCCAACCACGAAGGCCGCCACCACUGGAAGAUCCUUCCCCCCCAUGUCACACCUCGAUCUCCUACUCUCAACAAGCUGCUGUGCAGACAGGAGGCCAUUCGAACAGACUCCGUGGAGGGGCAGACUCCGGACCGCAAGGACAGCCUGCAAGCAGAGCUUGGAGAGGCGCUACCGUCAGCAAAGCAGCCCCAGAGCACCUUCACCCCCAGCCCACUCCAUCCCACAGCUGCCUCCCUCCCGGGCACCCCCCCACGCUCCCCCCCAUCCUCCCCGCAUCGGCACCCCAGCACCCUCACGCGGAAGCACACCUGCGGCCAGCACGGCGUCCCCAGCCGUCCGCCCAGCGCCGGCGGCAGCCCUCCCAACCCCGAGGGCUGCCUCUUCGAGUCCUCCGACCUGGCUGAUGAGGAGGUUCGCCACAUCAACAGCUCGGCCAAAGACUGGGGAGGGGAGCACUCGGACGCUGGGAGCCGCUCGACUUCGCCGUUCAUCUCCCCGGCCCCGUCUCCAGUGCCCCUCAAGAACUGCAGCACAACCAGCCUCUCCGGAGGCAGCAGCAAGGAGAAGGACUUGAAGAAGUUUUACAGCAUCGAUACAAAGGGCUUCCUCAACAAGCCCAGCUGGGCAGAUGACCAAAGGCGGCACUCCAUUGAGAUCUGCCCCUCCAUCAGCGAUGGGGACUGUAGCUUUGAGGACCCUGCCGCGGAAAAGCAGCGGUCCUCUGCCCACAUCCAGAUGGAGUCCGAGUACAUCCAUGGAGCCCGGAGGAAGAAGAAGAUGAGCCCGCCCUGCAUUUCUAUAGAUCCUCCCAUGGAGGACGACGGCGGGGCGGCCUCACGCACCAAACCCUCUGAGAACAGCAUGCUGCGGCGAAGGACCCCAUCCUGCGAGUUCCCAGCUUACAGAGAGUCCCUGGAGCUCGCAGAGAGCCAGCCCGGGGAGCCGGCCUCCAAAGCGGAGCGCCGGGGCCAGCCGCCAUGCCGCGGGGAGCACCUGACCAUCCCCAACUUCUCCUUCGAGCAGUCGGACGGCAGCUCCUUGAGCAGCCUCUCGGAUCUCCUCCUGGACAGCGGUCAGUCCACGCCGGCCUCCGCGGACUCCCGGGCAGAGCCCGCCGCCCCCGAACUGAAAAAGCCGGAUCACUUAAAAACUCAGUGGAGCAACACCGAGAAAAGCAAAGAGCUCCUGGGCAUUGCUAAGAGCCCCCUCCAGAAGCAGGACUUGGUCCCGGUGACUGUCGCAACAGAAGACGACGUAGAUGACCCAGUAUAGCUUUCUGGGAGGGGGGAGCGGGGGGGUCUCAAGGGCUUGACACCAAUGUGGGUUCCCAAACCGAAGGGACUGAGCGGCCACGGGUACGCGGGUGGCUGCGCUCUUGGGUUUGUUUUUUUUUUUCCUUUUCCUUUCUCGCAGUCACUUGUUCUUAAGCGCUGUGGAGGUUUGCAAAAAAAAAACCACAAAAAAGAAAAAAAAAAAAAAAAAAAAAAGAAAGAAAAUGAAGAGGAAAACAAAGAAAUGGCUGGAUGAAACGGUGACGGGUUUGGGGUGGGGGGAGCGGAUUUGCAAAGCGGUUUGGGGGGUUUCUUUUCUAAAGGGAAGGUGGAGUCUGUUCAGGGGGUCGCUUUGUUCCUCCCACCCUCCUCCGUGGCCUCAAUCACAUUGAUUCGCGUUCGAGGUGGUGGCGGUUGGGAUUUGGGGGAUUCUCUUUGGGUUUUGCUGUUUUGUUGGUUUUGUUUCUUUUUUUAAAAGACGCUCAACUUUUAACAAGGCACCUUUUAGAAAUGUCACGUUCCGCGGGAGUGCCCAGGAGAUGGGAGCUGUACAUUGUCUGUAUAUCAGCCGUUAUAUAAAUAGAAAUAAUGUAUUUGUGAGAUACAAAACAAGGAAAAAAAAAAAAAGACAAAAAAAAAAUGUACCCACAAAAACUCUCUCUUCAUAAUGCACAUAUUUUUAUAGAGAAACGAUACUGUUUUUUGCAUUACAUGUGACUCCGCAACUGGGUGGUGUUUCCUUGGGUUUUAUGUGGAACUAAUUAUCACGGCCAUUCGUUUUCCAAAUGUUCCUCUUCUUUCUCCGCUUUCCUUAUUUUUUUCUCCUCCUUCCCUCCACCGCCAUCCCACCAGCUUCUUUUCACAGCUGACGCUUUAGACGUCUCGCUCAUUUUUCUUUCGUACUUUAGAGGUUGUCCUAACUACAGAGAGAAAAAAAAACCAAAUCACUACUGAAUUGUAGCCAGUGCAAUAAUAAGUUAUUCAUUCUUCUUGUCUGUACUGUUGCUUUCGGGUUUUUUUUCCUUUUUUUAACUGAAAUUCAGGUUAAAUGUCGCAAUAAUCUGAACUAACGUGCACAAACACGUUUUUCUUGUGUUACAAAGAAAAAAAAAGAAAAAAAGGAAAAAGUUAAACUUACAGAAAGAUAAAAAAGCAAAACAAAUAAAUAGUAAAUUAUUUAAGAAAUGUAUUUUGUUUACUGCAGUGCAAAGUAAAUUAUUGAUACAGUAUGUAAAGGUAUAAAAAGCUGUCUUAGGUGAUGCUCUUUGUGAGCGUUUAAGCUAACGGUUUCUCCUCAUCGCAGCAGAACGCCUUCGGACCCUCGGCGGUCGCCGCAACCGUCCCGUUUGCACUCUUUCUGUCGGUCUUCCCUCCGCACCCCCUGCACCCGCACGUGGACGCCUUCGCCUCCCACGGCCCUUGCGGCGCCGGCUCCGCUUGAGAAGCCUCUAGAGGAUUUCAGGUCACCUGUCAACACCGCUUUCUUUUGGGUGUUUUUUUUUCUUUUUUUUUUUUUUUUUGCAGUUUUGGGGUUGAUUUUUAUUUUUUAGCCUCCCGUCCCCGCCCCCUCCCUACCCCUCAUCCAGGCCCUCUCACCGUGGGACAGCUUCGCCAUGGAAAGCUGCUGCUACAUUAGAGCAGCGACGAGCCCGGCGCGAGGACGCGCCGUCAGCCCCAGCGCCCGGCAGCGGCAGCGAAAAGACAUACAAGGGAAAAAGAAAAAGAUCAAGAGAAUCGGUUUUGUUUGGUUCGUUCCAUGCCGCCUCAUAUUUAUGCAUUCACAUAUAUCUUCUGUUAUUUAUGCAUUCAUUACUCAAAAGGAAAUGUAUCUUGUUUCACAUGUAUUAAACUGUAUAAACUGGAAGCGU